GGCGGCCCUGAAGCGCUUUGUGUCGCCGUCGCCUUCUUCUUUUUUUUUUCCUUUUUUUUUUUUUAAUUUUUUUUUUAAAUGUAUAACUUAAUGGGUCUGAACAGCACGGCCGUCGCUAUUCAGCCCAAUGUGUCCUGCACAUGCAACUGCAAAAGGUCUUUGUUCCAGAGCAUGGAGAUCAGUCAGUUGUGCAGAGCGGAGUUGGAGUUUGUACAGAUAAUCAUCAUCGUGGUGGUGAUGAUGGUGAUGGUGGUGGUGAUCACCUGUCUGCUGAACCACUACAAACUCUCUGCGCGAUCCUUCAUCAGCCGGCACAGCCAAGGCAGGCGGAGAGAUGAGAAUCUGUCAUCAGAGGGCAGCCUGUGGCCGUCGGAAAGCACGGUGUCGGGGAGCGGGAUGGCCGAGCAGCAGAUCUACACCCCGCGGCCCAGCGAGCGCCUGGCGGUGCCGUCCUUCCUGCAGCGGGACCGCUUCAACAGGUUCCAGCCCACCUACCCCUACCUGCAGCACGAGAUCGACCUGCCCCCCACCAUCUCGCUGUCGGACGGCGAGGAGCCCCCCCCGUACCAGGGACCCUGCACGCUGCAGCUGCGCGACCCCGAGCAGCAAAUGGAGCUCAACAGGGAGUCGGUGCGCGCACCCCCCAACAGAACCAUCUUCGACAGUGACUUGAUAGAUAACUCGGUGUACGGGGGGCCGUGCCCCCCCAGCAGUAACUCUGGCAUCAGCGCGACCUGCUAUGGGAGCAAUGGCAGGAUGGAGGGACCGCCGCCCACCUACAGCGAGGUGAUCGGGCACUACCCCGGAGCCACGUUCUACCAGCACCAGCAGAACAACAGCGGGGUGCCCUCGCUGCUGGAGGGCAGCAGACUCCAUCCCUCACAAAUCAAUGGCCUUGAGAGCACAACGGCGUGGAACAAAGAGAAAGAGAAACAGAAAGGGCACCCCUUUUAAAAAAGGAAAGAAAAGGAGAGAAAAGCAAAGUCAAUGGAACACUCUGCACUUGUGGUGGAAAGGAAAAAGGAGAGGGAUUGGGAGCUGAGGAAGACGAGCAAAGGAAGAAACAAAGCCCUUCCCCAUCUCUCCGUGUAUAAAUAUUUACUUGUUAUGUCUGGUCUGAAUGCACAAGCCCACAAAGCUUGCAGAAACAUUUCUUCAUUGAGCUGUGUCUAGACGUUGGAAAAGGAAAAAGAAAACAACUGUAGUCUUUUUUUUGGUUUUGUUCCUAGUUGAGCUGUGUGUGAAUGCCUUUCUGUUUUCGUUUGAUUCUUUCACUUAACUUUAAAACAAAAUAUUUGCACAAAAAAAAAAAAAACGUUUUGUUUAAAGAUCUGCAAUAUAAAUAUAUAAAUAUAUAUUAAGAAUAAGAGAAAAGUGUAUGUGUAAGGAGCAGGAGUAUUUUUGUAUUAGAAGAGGCCUAUUCAAAAACAAAAAAACAAAAAGUUGUUUUCUGAACUAGAAGAAAAAUGGCAAUUUUUUGAGUGCCAACUCAAAAAGUGUGUGAGACGUUGUAAAAAACGAGUAACAAAAAAAACACAAAAAAAAGAACAAAACAAAAAAAAAAUCAAAAGCAGGGGUUUAGAGUUAUUUAUAUAAAUGUUGAAAUUUUGCACUAUUUUUUAAUAUAAAUAUGUCAGUGCUUGUGUUGGUCAGAGCCUCUAUCAUGUCUACCAUGCAGCUGUUAAGGGAUGUUCGGCCACGGGAGGAGCAGUGAGUGGGGCUGCGGGCGCUGCGGUGCUGUGCAGCCGAGCUGUGGGCUGUGGGGCUGUGGGGCUGUGGGGGGGUCCCGGCUGCUGCCGGGGGGGGCAGAAGCAGGCAGAAAUUACUUGAUUUUUUUUUUUAAUUUUUUUUUUUUUUUAAUUUUUUGGACGACCUCUAACUUUUUGGAGGGGGGUGGCGGCGGGGACGAGAAUAAACUUCUGUGUCUGAAGGAACAAAGUGGUUUUUGGUUUAUUUCUUGCCAUGUCAGCCUGGAGGGCCCUGCGUGCAGGUGUAGGAGCAGCAGAGCGGCCGUGCCCCCCCCCCAGAGCCAGAGCUGGGCUGCAGCCGCAGGGCUGCCACAGCUGCAGGGCUGCCACAGCUGCAGGGCUGCUGCACUGCUGUGCUGCGUGGGGCUGUGCUCUGCUCCCAGCACUGGGGUUGCAGCCCCGGCUGCCUCCAAUCGGUGCUGUUUUUUGCUCUCUUACCCCACUAGACAGGUGCGUGAGGCGUGAUGGGAACCAGCCUGUUCCUGUGAGGUGUCAAUUAAAAGCUAACCGAAUAGGCUCAGUGCUUUAGAAGCAAAAACCCUUUACCUCUUUGGAAGAUCUCUUCACUGGGAGCGGCACCGGCCCGGCCCUCUGCCUGCAGAUCCGUGCUGCCCUCAGCUCAGCUCCGGGAGCCGCCCGUCCCACUGCUCUCCGUGCUGCAGUGCCGGUGCUGGGAGGUGUGUGGGGCCGUUCCCUGCAGGGUUCUGCCCGGCAGUGACGAACGUGGAAGACAUAAAGGCAAUAAGUUGUUGUUAAGCAACUCUUCUAUUACUUGAAAAAGAAAAAUACAUGAGGACAGUCCUGAAGUUGUGACCAUUUGAACGAUAUUUAUAUGUAUUUUGAUGAAGAUGGAGAAUAGCUGAACUUGAAGUUUGGGGUUUCUUUUUUUUGCCUUUUUUUAAUUUUGUUGUUGUUGUUAAUAAAUCCUGUAUUCUCAGUCCUUCAGAGCACUUUUCCGCAGCUCUCGGGGUCCUCCCAGCUUUACAGCCAUGCAAAACCACAAAAGAAACAAGCAGAAAUGCAAAGGAGAGCAACUCGAGUGUGUCAGGAAGGCGCAAAGUGAGUUUAUAGAACCGUACCUUUAUGUAACAUAUCUAUUUAGUGCCUUAUGAAAGAAGCAGCAUCGCUCCCUUUUUCAAGAGGGGAGAAGGAAAUCCGGGCAUCGCCACCCAGCAGCGCUGUCUGCAUUGCCGUGCGCAGGGCAGCCGUCCCCCCCAUGGCUUCUGGAUGCUGCCCGGGUCACCUGGGGACUCCUGCACAUGGCGUGGGUCAGGAACCGCAGCGGCUGUUGGACGUGAGGUACCAACCUAAAGACAUCUGUAAUAUCUGCUGCCCUCUUGAGCCAAAACGCGUGCAUAGUGUGGUUGGGUUUUGUUCUGUUCUGUGAGCUUAACUCGUGUGUUUGCUACAAAAACCAAACGGUUACCUCAGCGGCUGUGGGGUGGGCUGUGCAUCGCGGGCCCACGCGGAGCAGCCGAGGCAGGGGGGGUUCUCAGUGGUGCUGUUGGGGCGGUGGGCACUGAGCGGUGCAGUGUCGGCAUUGUGCAGUCAGAGCGGCUCCAGGUCUUCCAUCAGUCCUUGGGAUUUCAACUCGUUCUCUUUUUUCCCUCCCCAUCCUCUCCCAAUGUGAACUUCAGUUUCACAGACCUUCAGUUUCACAGACCUCACCCCGAGCAUCCUGCAGCUCCUUGGUCCCUUGGCUGCGUUACUGGCUCCGCUUUCCUAUGCUGUGCGGGGCAUGGAAUGGGCUUACAGCAGGACGGCUCAGCAGCACCGAGCUGCCAUUGCAGCACUGCUGUCAGCCCAUGUCCCACACCCCCCUGGAGCUGCACUGGGGCUCCCAGAAGGGGGCUCAGCCACAGCCCCAGUGCAGCUCCAGUGCAGCCCGGCUCAGCUCAGCACAGCCGACUCGUCCCCCUGUGCCCGGCUCCCUUCUGCAUCCUGCAGCCCUGCACACCCCGUGUUUCCGAUGCAGGACCAGAUCUGGGGCCCAGAUCAACUCCCACGUUCUGAAUGGAUGUUUAGAAAUAACGCUCUUUGAUUAUGAUGAUGAUUCUUUAUUAUUGUUGUCCUUAUUAUUGCUAUUUAAUGUUAUUUUUGCCUCGGGGUCCACGUCUCCCACCCCCCAGCCCCUCCAUGGCCGGGUGCUGGCCGCGCACGCUGUUUCCCUUUGGUCUGUAUGCAGGACCUGCCCACGGCUGCCCUCGCAUCCCACAGCUGCAGCAGAGGGAGCAUCAGGCCCUGCCCCAGUGACUUACUGCAACAAAAGCAGGAGCAAUAAGGCAUUGCCAGUGCUCAGCAGCCUCCUGCUGCAGCUCAGCCUUUUUGCUCAGAGUUGUAGGAGUCGUGUUGGCUUUAGAAGGAGUCGUUAAUCUGAGGGAUUUCCUUAGGGUACAGUAUGGCAAACAGCAUCCUGAGCGUGCCACCAGAACCCACGUGGCUUUCUCAGUGAGGGUGGCAAGGAGCAGUGCGUUUCACUGCGCCUUCGGUCCCCUCCACAGCCCGCCGGUGUGAGACAGCCUCACUGACGUAUCUUAACUGGGGGCAUAAGGAAAUCCAUCUGAUUUCCGGAGCACUCACCUUCUGUAUGUGUGUACAACCUCUACAUUGCACUAACUGCCGUGUUAAAGAAAUAGAAGCCCAAUGUUUUCACUAAGGAUCAGACGAGGACUGCCUCCAGGUGUGCAGCACCAGCAGUGCUGGCUGAGGACAGAAUGAAUUUGCAAUCUCACUCUCUGUGUCACUCAGACAUUCUCGAUGUACAACACAACGCUACCGUAAAGCAGAGAAGUUUUCCAGAAAGGGCGCUUCAAAUUGUUGCUGUGCUAUGGGAGCCCAUAAAGGACAGCGUUACAGUCCUGGUUUGCCUGCCUUACAGACGCACCUCAUUGCAUUCAUCUUUCCUCAGCCUUCCAGUCGCAUUGCUUUGGCUUUGGAGUUUGUUACGGGCAGUUCUGUAUCCCGAGUUCUGUUCGAGUUUAAACUUAUGUAAACUAUUGACCGCACAUGCAAUGCAGUACUUACCUAUAUUUUGCUGGUUUAGUAUCAAUAUGUAUCCUGAUGCCAAUUUACAAAAUUCUGUUGUAAACGCUUAUUGUGUAACAGUAACCAAUAGUGGCAAUUAUAUGUCAUUCUAAAAGCUGCAAUACUUAUACAAUAAAUUUUACAAUACUUUGGACAA